CAGCCGAAUCCGUCCUCCACCAUCUAUCUGCCCAUCUGUCGUCAAUCGCGUGCGCUGCCUCGGGCACCCCUUGGCAAAAGACAUGGACGGGCUUGAUGCGUUUGAAAAGUCGCUCGCCGCUGAAAAGGCGCAACGCGAUCGCGACGACCGAGAUCGCGACGACCGACGCCACCACAAGCACCGGCACCACCAUCGCCGCCACGGAGACGACGACCGGGACCGUGAUCGCGACAGGCAUAGGCACCGGGACCGUGAUAGGGACAGGGACAAGGACGGACAUCGGCGGCAUCGCAACGACGACGAAGACGGCCACAGGCACAAGCGCAGCCGCCGAUCUCACGAUGACGACGGCCAUCGACCCAGGCGCGACAACGGCGACGACAGCCAUCGCAAAAAGGGCGAUCCCCACGAGGACCUGCCCUACCCCGACGACGAGAAGACACCAGCCAAGGACCCCGUCGACGCGACCACAUCAUCGUUGCAGCGCGAUGCGUGGAUGACGGCACCGUCCGCCCUCGACGUGGAGCACAUCCAUCGUCCCGAUCGACAGCCCAAGUCGCCGCCGAGAGAAGAGCCAAAACGUGUCAUUCACAAGCGUGAGCUCAAUGCUGGCCAUCUGCAGGCUAUCAACGACGGCGCCUCGCUGCCAGACCCCUCAGUGAUAAUGGAGCGCAAAGUCGACUACACGUUUGGCGACGCCGGCUCGUCGUGGCGCAUGACCAAGCUCAGGGGGGUUUACAACACCGCUGAAGAGAGCGGCAAGCCCAUCGACGAGGUGGCCAUGGAGCGCUUCGGCACUCUUCAAGAGUUUGACGAUGCGCGAGAAGAAAAAGACGAGCUCGAGAGACGCGAGAUCUACGGCAAAGGCUACAAGGAAAGGGAAACGCCUACAGGCGAGCUGUACCGCGAGCGGCUUCGAAAGAAUCCCGUCAGAGAAUCCACACCAGAGCCGGAGCAGGGCACCGUGAUCCCGGAAGACACCUCCCCGGCAAUGGACCAGACGGCGCUCAACCGGCUCCGGGCACAGAUGAUGAAAGCCAAGCUGCGCCGCGCCCCCAACGCCGCUGCGCUGGAGGAGGAAUACAACCGGGCCGCGGCAUCGUUUGCGUCUCGUGCCCCGGCGUCCGAGGCCGUCGUACUCGGCGUCAUGCACAACCGCCAGCUGGCGGGGACUCGCGGCGAGGUCAAGGCCGUCACCAACCGUCGUGGGCGGGAGCGGGGAAACGUGGAAGAAAACACCGACAUGACCAUCGAGGACAUGGUGAGCGAGGAGCGGCGGACCAAGGGCCAGGCCGGGGGCGAGGGCAUGCGGCUCGCGGAACGCAUCGCCAAGGACACCAAAUACGACGAUGACCUUGAAUACAUGGACGAAAACGCCGAGAAGCUGGCCAAACGCGUGCACAAGAGCGAGAUGAACCUCCGCAACAUGGCUGUCAACGAAUUCCAGAAGAUGAACAGCAUCCUCGACAAGUGCCCGCUCUGCCACCACGAGGACAAGGGCCGUCCGCCGCUGGCACCCGUCGUCGCCCUGGGCACGCGCGUCUUCCUGACGCUCGCGACGGAGCCCGAGGUGAGCGAGGGCGGCGCCGUGAUAGUGCCCAUCUCGCACCGCACCAACCUGCUCGAGUGCGACGACGACGAGUGGGAGGAGAUUCGCAACUUCAUGAAGAGCCUGACGCGCAUGUACCACGAGCAGGGUCGCGACGUCGUCUUCUACGAGAACGCCGCGGCGCCCCAGCGCAGGCUGCACGCGGCCAUGGCGGCGGUGCCCAUCCCAUACGAGGAGGGCGCCAUGGCCCCCGCCUACUUCCGGGAGGCGUUCCUGUCGUCGGACGAGGAGUGGUCGCAGCACCGCAAGGUCAUCGACACGGCGGCCAGGGCGCGCGACGGCCUCGGCCGCAUGGCCUUUCGCCGCUCCCUCGCCAAGGAGAUGCCCUACUUCCACGCGUGGUUCGGCCUCGACGGCGGCCUCGGCCACGUCGUCGAGAAUGCCGACCGCUGGCCCCGCGGCGACCUGUUCGCGCGCGAGGUCCUCGGCGGCAUCGCCGGCGCGGAGCCCCAGGUGAUUAAGAAGCAGGGCCGGUGGGCAGGCCGCGGGGGGGGAGAAGACCCGAGGCUCGAUGCCUUUAGGAAGGGGUGGCGCAAGUUUGACUGGACGCGCGUGCUCACCGACGGGUGAGAGGAGCUGAGCCGGUGGCGGCGGCGGUUCGGGCGGAGGAAGAUGGAACAUUUGAAGGAGACGCUCUCUCGCGGCGGGAGGGUUCGUUGGGAGGAGUAGUUGGUAUGUACGUAGUAUGACCAGUCUUUGCUCAUCCAAUGUGUCACUAAGAGGGUGAAUGAAUGAAUGAAUCGACACGCG